ACAGGAUAACAAAACGUGAAAAAUGGAACACAAUGAUAGAAAGAAGAGUCGGCUGGCUCGGACAUUUAAAUUAAAUCCGUGCCAAAAUGACCUGGGUCAGCACUGCCACUCAAGACCUGAACAAUUUUGGUUUAACGUUCAGUGAGGCUCAAGAACUAGCAGGAGACAGAAAGGAGUGGAAUGCGUUGGUAAAAAAGGGGGAGUUUAGUCAACACAGAGGAGAUAUGUUGAUGCAAGGGGGCGACCCCUGCGAGGGAGCUUUCCAGAAGAGGUAAAUCGAAGUGGAAACUGAGCUACUUUGAUUAUUUGAUUUAGGUAUGGACUAAUGCAACUAUGAGCGGCUGUCUUAGAACUUUUAAUCGACUUCACCGAACUUUCUCAACAUCAAGUGGCAUCUUUCGUAGGAAGAAGCUGGUUUUACUUGGCACUGGCUGGGGCUCUUACAGUGUUUUAAAGAGUAUAAAUAAGAAAAAAUUCGAUGUUGUUGUGAUCAGUCCCCGAAACCAUUUUCUGUUUACCCCGCUUUUGAACAGCACGACUGUAGGCACUUUGGAGUUUAGAAGCAUCAUCGAACCUGUACGAAAUACGAGAUUUCGAGAUGAUAGUCAUUUUCAGCUAGCUAGAGCAACUCAUCUUGAUGCUGAUAACAACAAAUUAACUUGCACAACAGACAUUGGGAAGCACAGCUAUGAGCUUGAUUAUGAUUUGCUUGUCAUUGGGGUAGGUGCAUUGAGCAACACUUUCGGCAUACCUGGGGUUUCAGAAAAUGCAUUUUUCUUAAAAGAAAUUGCAGAUGCAAGAGCUGUUAGAAACAGGAUUAUUGCAAAUUUUGAGGAAAGUCUAUACCUUGAUGUAUCUGAUCAGGAAAGGAAAAGACUUCUGCACUUUGUUAUUGUUGGUGGAGGCCCAACUGGUAUUGAAUUUGGUGCAGAGCUUUAUGAUUUCAUUACAGAAGAUGUAACGAGACUGUUUUCGCAGGAAAAGGAAGAAGUCAAAGUAACAUUGAUUGAAGCGAAUGAGAUCCUGCCCUCUUUUGACCGAAAACUCAGAAGUUUUGCAGAAAAAAAGUUUAAGCAAAGAACAAAUUACGAUUUGGUUAAAUCAAGAGUUGUGAAAGACCCGCAUCAUGUGGUGUUAGAGGAUGGAACUGUGAUGCCUUGUGGAAUGGUUCUCUGGUCAACAGGCCUUGCACCAAGACCAUUUAUUGAGUCCCUGCCUUUUCCAAAAAGUAAUGCAAAGCAACUUCUUGUGAACAACUUUUUGCAAGUCCAAGGCAUACAAAAGGGAAAUGUUUUUGCUAUUGGUGAUUGUUCAUACAUAGAAUCAGAUCCUUUACCAAGUACUGCACAGGUGGCAGAGCGAGAAGGAAGGUAUCUUGCUAAAGCUUUGGAGCUCUAUGCUGAAAACAGGGCUAGUGAAGUUAAACCUUUUUCAUGGAAGAGUCUUGGUAUGCUUGCUUACAUUGGGGAGUAUAACGCCUUGGCUGAUUUCCCGUUUAAAGGUGGCAAAUUAACCGGUUUUAAGACAUGGUUUUUAUGGAGAUCAGCUUAUCUUACAAGGCUUGGUAACUGGAGGCUGAGAAUGCAAGUCCCUUUUGAUUGGUCUAGAACAUUUAUCUUUGGAAGAGAUAUUUCAAGAUUUUGAGCUGAUAAAUUAUUAACAAAACAUCUCAGUUUCUUUAGCUGAAUUGAGUCACAUCAAAUUAACUUUUAUUUUUACCAGAAUAAUAGGUUCUGAAUUAUCAUUCACAUCUUUAAUGCACAUGCACUAAUACUACUCUGUUAUCAAAAUUUCGAAAAAUUUAUCAAGACAAAUAGCGAUUUUAAAAAUUUUGUAUAUUUUUAAAUAUUGUAGGCAAACUAUCUGUGCUGAGUAUGUAUAUUUUGCUGGUGAAAAGUUCAAAUCUUGUAUGACAUGGUCAACUAACGUUAAUGCAAUGUUUCCUACAUAUAUAGUUAUAAUCUUCGUCGAGCUAGUCUUGAUGGUCACAUGUCAAACUCCAUGAAUUUUACAUUUUAAUAUAUCUACUCAAUAGCUGCAUAUUCUCAUCACAAACAUUAUGUACAUCUUGGUCUUCUUUUCUUGUUUAUAGUUUCUAGUGUAAACAAUCUUUUGGUGGUACAAAACUUG